CGUCGUCUUGGAGAUGCUGCCAAGAAAGCCAUCGGUAAAUUGACGACCAGGACAGUAAAGAAGGGUGAUAAGGAGACGGACCCAGACUUUGAUCAUUGUGCUGUCUGCAUUGAGAGUUACAAGCAGAAUGAUGUUGUUCGCAUUUUACCAUGCAAGCAUGUUUUCCACAAAGCCUGCGUGGAUCCAUGGCUUAGCGAGCACUGUACGUGUCCAAUGUGUAAACUGAACAUUUUGAAGGCACUGGGAAUUGUGCCAAAUGUGCCAUGUACAGAUAACGUAGCCUUUGACAUGGAAAGGCUCACCAGAGGCCAGCCAGCCAGCAGGAGAUCAGCGCUUGGUGACUUUGCCAAUGACAGCUCCCUCAGCUUGGAGCCCCUGCGCACCUCGGGGAUGUCUCAGCUUCCACAGGACGGAGAGCUGACGCCAAGGUCAGGGGAGAUCAACAUUGCUGUCACAAAAGAAUGGUUUAUUAUUGCCAGUUUUGGCCUCCUCAGUGCCCUUACACUCUGCUACAUGAUCAUCAAAGCCACAGCUAGCUUGAAUGCUAAUGAAGCAGAAUGGUAUUGAAGAAACGCUUUCCAGCCGAUUGCCUUGGAGAGAGAGACACCUAUUUUUGUGUAUCACUUAUCGAUCAUGCAGCACAAGCAAUUAUUUAGUACAUUCUAUUUUUUCAUAAAAUUUGCUGAUGCCAAAGCUUUGUAUUAAGAAAAAAGUGAAGAAAUAAAAAAACCCACUUUAAUUAUUAAA